AUGGAUGCUUGGAAUCAGAGUAGAUGGAUCCACUCUUUCCUCUACCUUUUUCUGGUUUCCCUCUCCGUACACUUUCUUCACACACUCUUCAUCUCCCCAAAACUCGCCAUUAAUCAUCAUCAAUAUGCUAGAAUCAAGAAAAUGGCGCCCACUCCACUGCGCUUUCGCGCCGAUGGGACUUUCAAAAUCCUCCAGGUGGCCGAUAUGCAUUUCGGGAAUGGGAAGUUGACUCGGUGCCGUGAUGUACUGGAAACCGAGUUUAAUCACUGUUCCGAUUUGAACACGACUCAGUUUCUCGAGAAGAUGAUCCAGCUCGAAAGCCCUGAUUUUAUUGCAUUUACUGGAGAUAACAUAUUUGGCUCGAGCGCAACUGAUGCUGCCGAGUCUCUAUUCCAAGCUUUUCAACCCGUUAUAAAAUCUGGGGUUCCUUGGGCUGCCAUUUUAGGGAAUCACGAUCAAGAAUCUACCAUGACACGUGAGGAGCUGAUGUCUUUCAUCUCCCUCAUGGAUUUCUCUCUAGCACAAACCUCUCCAUCAGCUGAAGAUAACUCCAAUUCCUUAAAAAAGAACCUGAUUUCCAAAAUCGAUGGAUUUGGAAACUAUGAUUUGAGAGUAUUUGGUGCUCCGGGUUCCAGUCUAGCAAAUAGCACUGUCCUCAAUCUUUAUUUUCUCGAUAGCGGGGACAGAGCUACUGUCAAUGGAGUCCGAACUUAUGAUUGGAUUAAAGAAUCUCAACUUAAUUGGCUUCGCCGUGUUUCUGAUAAGGUUAAGGAACAAGAUCGAGACAGCAAAAACCCAUCAUCCCCUCCUUCACUGGCCUUUUUUCACAUCCCAAUACCCGAACUCAGACAAGGGCCUAUCUACAACUUGGUGGGGAAUUACAGAGAGUACGUUGCGUGCUCUCUUGUCAACUCUGGUGUGCUUGACACGCUCGUCUCUAUGGGAGACGUGAAGGCAGUGUUCAUAGGCCAUGAUCAUAAUAACGACUUUUGUGGGACUUUAGGGGGCAUUUGGUUCUGUUAUGGCGGAGGUUUUGGGUACCACGGUUAUGGGCUUGCCGGGUGGCCAAGAAGGGGUAGAGUUAUAGUGGCAGAACUUGGGAAAGGCGAGCAUUCGUGGGGUGGGGUCGAGAGGAUUAAGACAUGGAAAAGGCUUGAUGACGAGAGCUUGAGCAAGAUUGACGAGCAAAUUCUUUGGGAGGGAGAGGCUUGCUAG